AUGGCUUCAAAGCUGGCCCCCGAGAUCAUAAUUCAGAUCUUGAAAAGCUGCGAGACCUUGGAAGAAGUUGUGGUCUGCGCUUCAGCAUGCAAGCGGUUCCAUGAUGUGUGGUUGUGCCAUGCUUCUCAGAUCACAUGGACUGUUGGGCAGAAGCAGAUUCUGGCAUUCGAUGAUGCCUUGAUGGCGGUGCGAGCGACAGAAAUCGUGCUCGAAAGCUCGCAGAAAGAAGAAUUACCCCCAGAUCCGUUUCCACUUUCCACCUUGAGUGGUGACAUUUACAAGCCGUCGCUCAGCGAAUUCCAGCAGGUGCGCGACUAUGAGCAUCUGGCCAAGUGUGCCGAACACAUCUAUUUGGAAGAUCAGGAAGACUUGAAGAAUGAAAUUGAAGGUGAAGAUCCAGACGGUCCCACACUGUGGGUUCUAUGGAGAGAGCGAUUUCACAGUUCCAUCUACAGAGUCCUCCUGGGAGGUGCCGUUCUCUAUCGCGCAUACCAAGAACCGAUGUACUCGGCAGCAGACUGGGGAAUACCGAAUUUUCUGGAGAAGUACGUUGAUUUUUUGGCAUCCGAUGACAUGUCGAGCGAACCAGUGGGUGGAGACGAGCUCGAUUAUCUCAUGACCUUUACCCCCUACAAUCUUGGAGACAGCGGAAGCAUUCAUGGCGCCUUCAAGGCUCUGGCAGAGCUUCUUGUUCAGCAAGGCAAAAAGCGCGCGCACCAGCAAAAGCUUCCUGCGCAAACCACAAAAGUCCUUCCCUCCUUCGCAACGCCUCAAGGCCUCAGUUCCUCGGAGGCAGCUGUUCUGUUCAUCGAAUUAAGUCAGCUGCUCUUUGCCAUGGAGGUUCUGACUGGCGUUCAGGCUGCGACACCCAUCAUUGUCAAUGGGAAUGGCUCCGAAGAUCAUGGAAGAACAGUAUUUGCACCAGAAUUUCUUUACAACCCUGCCAGAACGAUUCCCGUUGUGUUAUUCGGGAACUUUUUUCUGGAGUAUAUCUCAACUCCCGCGGUGGCAGCCGAUGCAGUGAACUCUCAUCUCGUCGCCAGUCCUGUUUAUCGUCCAUCACAGACAAGAUCAGGGCUUGGUUUUCAGUAUAUCUACCAGUUCCUGCAUGCUCUGCACCGAAUGGCGGGCCGUGACAAUGAAUUCUCCUCUCAGAACCCAGCGCCAUAUCCCCACCUUCAAUUCUUCCAGUACAUGUUUGGUGAGUAUCUGGGUCUCCGGUUCGUUGACAGUGAGUUUGACUGUCGUUACGACGAGUUCGCGAAGGAUGGUUUCCUCUUCGCAGAACGAGCUGAUUUUCUCGCUACCUCUUGGUAUACUGAGACAAGUGGUAUGGCAGCCCUAGCUGCAUUAUUUGAGCCAGUCGCUUCAACUACUGGAAAGACUUGA